CCUCAAUUAAUUGACCUUUCCUAUUCCACCUCUUCCUCCCUUUUACCUCCCACUUUCGAACAGAGGCCUCAACUCUCUCUAUCUCCCUCCACCUUCUCUGUAUAUCUCAUUUAUUUGUCUUUUAAUAUUCCUCCUUCCUCCAUUUCUUCCUUUCCUGGUUUUUUCACGAUAACAGGGCUGGGCUUUUUUUCAUAUGGUCAAUUUCCAGUCUUGUGUUGGCUAGUUGUCCGUAGCCUACUGGUGGUUCACUGGGCUGAGAUUGAUCUGAUAUCUAAAUCAAAAGCGGGGAGAAGAGGGUUCUAGGCGGGCCAAUUGAGGAGCUGCAAAGAUCGAAAAACGGAAAUCAGAGGCGGGGAGAAGAGGGUUCUAGGCGGGCAAUUGAGGAGCUGCAAAGAUCGAAAAACGGAAAUCAGAGGCGGGGAGAAGAGGGUUAUCGGCGGGCAAUUGAAGAACAGGGGAAACAACAUGCAGGAGUGAACUGAGAUCCAAAUCAAAGGCCGGGAGAAGAGGGUUAUCGGCCAGGAUGAGGUGGUUGCCGUCACAGUCCAGGUUGUCGAUCGCCCAUCUCAGAGCCUUGAUGCUGCACGGCGAGAAAUCCACCGCCACGCCCAUCCUUCUACCGCUGUCUUCCACCGCUUUUCCUUUUCAUAUUCCUCUCUGUUAACUUCGUAUAACUUUUAGAAAGGGCCAUAAAAGUAAUCCAAAAGAAUUAUCCAGCUUUAUUGUCCCCAGUCCACAUAUAGC